AUGGCUGAUCCGCUCCGAGGCUCGCCGCCCACGAAUUUCGCGAAUUCGCCGUACAUGCACCCCUUCCGCCCCGCCUCGAUCAUGAACGCCAGCCGGUUCGACGAGGGCUACUCGGAAGACACACGCAGCCAGAAUGAGACCGACAUGGUCAUGGGCGCCGGCGACAGCGGCAUGGAGCCAGACGCACAGGACUUCAGCCUGCCCGACUGGAUCAUGGGGCUCGACGAACAGCAGCGCAGCGAGAUUGCCUACGCCAUUCUGCGCUCACUGCGAACCUCGUCCAUCGCCGGCAUAGUCGAAAAGCUGAACCCCCUCCUCCACCUCGACCCCGUCAUACACCUUCCGCCAGAGAUCACGUUCCAGAUCCUUUCCUACCUCGAACCGGACACGCUGCUGCGCGCAUCUACCCUGUCGCGCGCGUGGAGGAUACGCGUCAUGGACAGUCCGCUGUGGAAGCUGCUGUUCCGCCUCGAGGGCUGGAACUCCAACUUCCCUCAGGUGCGUGAAUACGAAGAGACGGAGAGACAACGCCGUGCUAGCUUCAGGGAGAAGGAGCGCAAGACACGCCCCAGAGCUGCAGAGGACAUGGAUCUGGACAAGCCCUCGUCCAAAAGGCGCGUACGCGGCGAGCGCCAGCUGUUUGGGGACGGCCCAGCCGCAGAGACUGGCAUUCGUCAAGGCCUGGAGCCCCUGUCCUUGAACAACACAACACGGAGCCAGACUGCUUGGGGCGAGCAGCAUGGCAUGGUGGAAGCUGACGACGGGCCCGCGGGCAGAUCGGAAGACCAGAUGGAAGAUGUUGUUUCGACACCCUCACAAACCACGCAACCGCGCCGAAACUCACCUGCACAAAACGGACAUGUCUCGCCCGUAGAGCCCACCACACCCCGCAUCCAUCCAACCCUUCUGCUACCAGGCCCAGAUGCCAAGAUCAACUGGCAGUACUUGUACAAGCAAAAGAAGAGGCUAGAAGACAAUUGGGACGCUGGUCGCUACUCUAACUUUCAGUUGCCUCACCCCAACCAUCCCACAGAAGCUCACACGGAGUGCGUGUAUACGAUACAAUACUCCGGCAAGUACCUCGUCAGUGGGAGUAGGGAUAGGAGCAUCAGGAUUUGGAAUCUUGACACGCAACGUCUGAUGCAUCCACCGCUUCUGGGUCAUUCCGCGUCCGUGUUGUGUUUACAGUUUGACGAACGGCCUGAACAUGAUCUGGUCGUGUCAGGCGGAAGCGACUGCAGAGUGAUCCUGUGGCAGUUCUCCACCGGACGCAUGAUCAAGGAGAUCGAAAAGGCACACUCGGAAUCCGUUCUGAACCUGCGGUUCGAUGAUCGGUAUCUGGUCACUUGCUCGAAAGACAAGUCCAUCAAGGUCUGGAAUCGCAGGGAAAUGCUGCCCACUGACGAUACAUAUCCUUCUUCAACCACCAAAUCCGCGGCACGCUUUCCUGAGUACAUUAUCAACAUGCAGCAGCAUGUGGAGAACCAACACCUGCAUUUCACACCCCUCAGGCCUUACAACCUCGUCAUGACACUGGAAGGGCAUGGUGCUGCCGUCAAUGCCAUACAGAUUCUCGAUGGGCAGAUUGUCUCCGCUUCCGGGGAUAGGAGUGUCAAAAUCUGGGACGUGCGAACUGGCGCAUGCAUCCGAACUUUCCAAGGUCACAGCAAAGGUAUUGCUUGCGUACAAUUCGACGGCCGGAGGAUCGUCAGUGGCAGCUCAGACGAAACCGUACGUAUCUUUGAUCGAGCCACAGGCGCUGAAGUGGCUUGUCUGCAAGGCCACAGUAACCUGGUGCGCACUGUGCAAGCUCAGUUCGGAGAUCUGCCCGGUAACGAGGAAGAACUGGAGGCCGAGGCACGAGCUGUGGACCGCAAUUUCUUCGAAGCACAGAACAGAGGCCAGAUUGACCAGAGGCUCUCAAGGGCGCAACGGCAGGCCCGCAACGCUGGUUCCCGCGAUCCGAAGUCCAUCUUUGCCUAUGGUGCGAAGCUGCCACCGGGUGGUGGAGGCAGCAAGUGGGCCCGAAUCGUCUCUGGCUCCUACGACGAGACGGUCAUCAUCUGGAAGAAAGGAGUCGACGGUGCUUGGGAAAAGUCCAAGAUCCUGUACCAGAACGACGCUGUUCGAGCGGCAGGCGGCCGACCCAGACGGCCAGUCGCCCAAAACGCGGCCCAGGGUCCUCAAGGGGCUCAGAACGCCGCCCAGCAACAGGGAGGCCAAGCAGCCGCCCAGCCGAACAAUUUCCAGGCUUUAGCGCAGCAGGCGCAAGCCCAGGCACAAGCAGCUCAGAACCUCGCUCAGCAGGCACAAGCACUUCACGCAGCCUCCCAGGCAAUGCAUGGCAACACCGCUGGCAACGCAGCCGGAAACGCCGCUGGCAAUGCAGGGAACGGGGGAAACUCGCGGCCGCCUCCCACAGCGAAUGCUACCGCUGCUGCUGCUGGUCCUGCUGGGCCUGCGGGUCAGGCUGCAGCAGGUCCUGCGCAGCAACAAGCACCCGCCAACGGAGCAGCUCACCAUCACCAUCACGGUCCCCAUCACCACCACCACCCCCACCCGCUUGGCGUACCGCUAGCCAACCAAGGCACCAACUCACGUGUAUUCAAACUGCAGUUUGACGCUCGCCGAAUCAUCUGCUGCAGCCAAGACCCCACCAUUGUGGGCUGGGACUUUGCAAACAACGAUAAGGACAUUGUCCUCGCCAGCCAGUUUUUCGGCGACUCCUAUUGA